AUGCGCAGGAGAUCGGAAAUGUGUUUUAUCCGGAGGGCAAUCAAGGCUUCAAUCCAGCAGACUUACCCGCUGACAAUCGGCGAUUUGACGAAAGAGCAUCUGAGGUUGCUCAUUGAGGUGCUGAAAAUGGACAAUGUACCCCUAGAGGAACGCACGAAGGUUCCUCAGGAUGAAGCCGGGAUCAAACAGGCAAUUAAAAAGCUUCCCUGGGACCUCCGCCGCCAUGCCUUCAUCCGGAUUGUACCCAACUCCCUGCUGCAACCAGCCAUCUUGUGUCCGCCCCAUAACGGCUUGAACCCCUACUUGAUCGGCCACAUCCUUAGACUGGUUAAGCGUGAAGUGACUGAGCACUUGAGCAAGCUUGAGCGAUACACCGGCGAGAUGGAUUCGGAAUGCAGGGAACUUCUGACGGAGCUUCAAGGGAUUCGUGGCUUAUGGUGUUCUGAUCGGCGGUACCGAGGGUACAUGGAACGCAUGAAUGCCUGUUAUCAGCAUAACGGCUGCGAGACAUGUAUACUGGCGCAGAUCAUAGAUACACCAAUCUGGCUACAAAACCUUCGCACAACACUCUUAAGCCGGACGAGGACGCGAGCCAAACACCGUAGGCCUCAUCGGCCACCGCAAUUGCUGCCGUUCAUCGAGAGAUGUAUCGACACUCACGAGAGUCUUUAUACCGAAUUAUUCUAUCGGAGUGGCCAGAUGGCAUAUGCCUUUAAAGCCGUGAGAAAACUGGCGGUCAAGGAAUAUAGAGGUAAACCUAGAUAUGGCCAGAGUGAAGAUGAAGGCGAUCCUGACGACAACUAUAGAAAUCGGGAGACGAUCUUUGUCUACUGGGACAGAGACGCAGAGCGGGAUUCCAACAGAGACGCAGGACGGGAAUCCGACAGAGACGCAGGAUGGGAAUCCGAGGCAAUCAGCGGCCCAACCGCUGUCGAGUCGUCGAGCUCCGAGACCGCCGUGGAAGAUACAGACGGAUUCGAGACGCUAGACGGGAGACGGGCGUCCAGGAAGCCGACGCCCAGCGAGGCUCUACUCGAGGAGAUAAUCGCAGAAUAUGCCGGGCUGACAGGAACUGAAAACAUCGAGGAUGCGAGGCUUAGCCUGCUUGCCAUGCAGCCUGACGUGGUCACACCCAGUCCCUUGUCUGUCGCAAAGCCAACGUCUGUCACAAAAUCGGCCACGAGUAGCCCCGUUGAUGUUUCUCCCACCACACCCUAUGGUGCGACUGGAAGGCGCACGUAUCCUUCAUACGUCGCCGGUACCCCCGUUGAUGUUUCUCCCACCACGCCCUAUGGUGCGACUGAAAGGCGCAAGCCCUCUUUAUCAGUCGCUGGUAGCAGCAAAAGAGGAAGCGGAAAUUGGGAGUAUUCGAAUCCGCGAGACAACGUCGAUUGGAGGCAAGUCAUACACAAGCCUAGUCCCCUGAGCAUUCUCCGUGCAAAUGCUGAGACAGCGUACCAUAGCAUACAGGAUGAUGCGGAGCGUAUUGCUCUUGAAUAUCGUGAACUGGUGAGUCCAACGGCACACUCUGAGUCAGUGUAUUCGCGCUCACCAGAUGAAGACCCCCGUCGAGCUACCACCUGGGAAAUUGUGUGCAAAGACCUGGACAUCCAGUACCCAAAUCCCCAACUCAAAAAACCAAAAAAGGGGGGAUUGUUGAGGAAGUUCCGAAAGUGA